AUGUAUGUGCGAGUUCUAUUGCUACCUGGGCCAGAGUGGGCAUAUAGUGGACAUCGUAGUCCCUUCGUGGUCACUUCCAAUGACCACGAAUUGACACCGGAAGUUCUAACAUAUUCAUGGCAAGGCUUUGAACGGUUCUUCCAAGUUCGCAACUGUCAUGACCACGGAAUGGAAGCACUAGAAGCGGCCAUUGGGCAUUGGCAGGAUGCUCAAGCAGCUCUUCAAGUUGGGGACGCCCUUCCUUCGGUCAUGGACGUGGAGCUAACCAGACGACUUGAGAGUCUCAUCGACGAGGCGUACAAGCUUCAAGAUGUCUGCGAGCGGCUCUUUUUGCACCAGCGGGCACCUGCUGGCUCCUAUCUCAUUUCCUCUUUGAAUGACCAAUGGAAGCAUUCACGCACCUGCCCAAAUGGGGAGGGAGGAGCGAGCUUGCGGAAUCGUACCAACUCCCUGCUGUUCACCAGGAACAGUCCACAACCGACGCUGACCUCGUCUCGGGCCACGGGCAGCCUCUCGAGCCUCGAUUCCUUCUUCUCCGCCCAAUCCGACGUCGGCUAUCAUUGGGAAGAUGCCUUGGUUGACCUCUCGCAGCUGGAGCUGUACGAAGCCGCCGCGAAAGUGCUGGUCGAAGACGGGAUUCCCUUCAGGGCGUUGAGGACGGAGAUGGUGGGAGUGACGAGCGACCAGGAAUUCCUCAUCAAAGUUCAUUGCAUCCGUCUCGGCUAUAGGAUUCUCUUCGAGGACUCCGGGGCUGCCAGCUGGUUUGCUUCGCGAUCCAGACAGAUCGUCUCGCGUUUAUUCUGCAUCGCCGACAAGGACCCGACGGAAUUCCAGAGUUGCUUCGACAUCAUGAUGGCAUACCUGAGUACGGAAGAAGGGAGGCAGCAGAUGAACGCGGAGCUUCGAGAGAGAGGCCUCAAGGCUGUCACCUUCUACGAUGUCAUCCUCGACUACGUCAUGGAGGCAUUCGAGAUCCUGGAAGAUCCUCCUUCGUCCAUCGUCGCCGUAGCGAGGAACAGGUGGCUGUCCGAUCGCUUCAAGGAAUCUGCCUUGUCUGCCAGCAUUUGGUCAGCCUUGCAGAUGAAGAGGAAGUGCUUGAGUUCUAGUACAGGGUACCAGGCCAAAUUCUACGACAUUCUCAAUCAUUUCGUCCCAGUUGUGGCCUGGGGAUUCCUGGGGCCGAACGAACACCUUCGACACACCUGCCUCAUCUUCAAGGAGGAGGUGAUGACGUAUAUAAGGAACAUUUUUUCAUUCCACAAAGUCCAUUACACAACAGUUGAACAAGUCGCUCUUGAUCUCUGGGCUCUGGCCAAGACACGCUACGACUCCCUCUGCCAUCGUCUUGCCAUCUCGCCUCUCCCAUCUUGACUGUGAUAUUUGAUUAGCUUGGACCUGUAUCAGUUUGAAUUUUUUUCCUGAUCAUGUGACUUUAAAAAUGGUGCUGAUAUGGAAAUGUUUGCCUGUAGGA